GGAUCAAGCCUACCUCGAACAGUACUUGCAAAAAGAUCACAAGCCGGUGUCCAACUGGCCACGGCUCUUCGGCGAGAUUGCUAGCUACGUCGUCGAUGCGGUGCAGCAAGGGACGAAACAGGAUGAAGGAGGACCACAGCCAAUAAACACGAAUAACAACACGGGUUCCCCUAUCCUGAGGAAAAACGUCCCCACCCCAGAGUUGUCAUGCAGAUUUGCAAUGACAAGGAAAUUUGUGAUGCGCAUACCCAUGGUAGACAUUUCCAAUCGUAUUUUGGAAUUUGUGAUGCUGAUAACAGGAUAAGCAAAUGAAUCUGUGAUGCGGCUGCACUUGCUAACCUGCACUACACUGCGGAGUGCAACUUGUCAUGCGUGACUCCCAAAACUCCUAGGUUUGUGUUGCAAAAUCCCCAUCCUGACUCUGGUGUGGGGACGUUUUUGCUCAGGAUGUCCCCCCGCCUGAAAGUCCUGGUCGCAAAC